UGUCCAAUCAUUUUGCAGGCAUCUGUGAUUGUCCCUAUUUCGCGCGCAUUGAACUUUUGGCGGACAAGUUAGCAAGUAGCUUACCAAACUUUAUAGUGACAAAGCUGGUCAAGCAGGCAUCUGAGUGGAAAGAAUUCACCAAUUGGGUACUGAAAGAACACGGAUGGGAGGUGAAGAGAUCUCCGGUUGUUUGGCGAGAGUUGUUAGAUCGCGGUGGCGUAGGGACCCUUAUCGGCGGUGCAGACGAAUUUCAGGAAUAUGCAGCUGCAUAUUAUAACGAAUUCAGCCAGAUGCCUACAGAGGAAUUGCUUAAGGUGGCAGCAGAUACCAGCCGAUUUCUACUGAUGGAUAAAAAAGAGCACGAGGAGCAAAUCACAAAGAGUGUACCACCACCAAAGAUUGUUGUUAUUGGAGCAUACUGCAAUGCGUCAGUUCACCUGCUGCCAUAUUUAGCCCAAUACGGUCUGUUUUCGGAAACCGAGAAAAUAGCACUACAUUUAUAUGAUGAGUUGGCCAAUGAGAAGGACCUUCGAGAGCUUGUAGACUCUCUCAAUGAACUGGAUGCUCCCAUGUUGGCCGAGGUAAAGAUCGAAACAGAACUGUCUGCAUGUUUAGUGGAUGCGAAACAAAUAAUCUUCUUAAACAUUGUUCCCCGAAUGCAGCUGAACGUGGAAGAAUCAGUGAGCUGUCCAACUAAAACGACGAACUCCAAGUUCGUCACCGUAAAAUCUGAGCCACGCAACCAAUGGUUGAAACGCCGACAUACCUUCCUCACAGCAAUUGGUAUGCUUAUCAAGGCAUACUGUUCAUCAUCCGUACGCCUUCUUGUGGCCGGAAAUCCAGGUCUUGAUGCUGAAUCCAACGAUUCACCAUCACCCAUCAAUUUUGAUGUGGCGGUGCUGCACAAGGCCACUGCACCACACAUUCCAUGCAUGCAGAUAGUAGGACUGGCUGCCGCACUAGAACAGCGCAUUAAGUCCACUCUGGCUGUAAACCUAGAGGUUUCUCCGCACAACAUCACUGAUGUUGUGAUUUGGGGUAAUAUCGGAUCCAGAAUUUACAUAGAUCUCAGUCUAUCGCGUGUAUAUCAAAGACAUGCUUAUGAUAUCGGAGUACAGGGAGGCGACUGGUAUUCUGUACCUACCCUGAAAGCAAUACGGGAUCCGGAGUGGCUGGUGUUCGAAAUGCCUAGCGAAGCCUUCAAAAAACGAACGAAAGCCAUAUCAGAUUACCAUGGGUUUAGUCAUGCACAAGCAGUCAUCCGUACACUUGAAUCUUGGUGGAGAAAUAUGGACGACAAGGAGGGAGUUCAUUCGUUGGUGAUUGCUUCUGAAGAAUGGUAUGGCGUCCCGCGGGGUGUGGUGUUCUCGUUCCCAGUGAAUAGAAAUCCCAAAUCCAGCUGGUCAGUGGUUCAGGAUGUGGAACUAAGUCCAGCAGCUACCUUGGAAAUCGAAGCUUGCGUUAAGGACGUGCUUGAAGACUGGACAGCGGUCGAUCCAGAGCCACUAGAACGAUAUAUGGAAAGUCAUAGAGAACAUAUUCCCGCAGGUCUAGAGAAACCGGAAGAUUCAAACGAAGUAUCUACCGAAGAAU